ACGUUUUCAGUGAAUCAUGUUUCGGUUGAUGAAUAUUAGUUUUGAUUGUUAGCUGCAUAUUUGCUUAAAAAAAAGGGUUGUGCAUACUGUGGAUUAAACACUGAAAAUUGUGUAACAUUAAGUGCGGUGCUAACAGAAAAAAUGGAUAACGUUCUCGACGAUAUGGACUCGACUAAUUCAAGUCAUUCGGAUAAUGCCUCGUCAAUGCAAAACAAUUAUUCUCAAUUAGUGUUCAUAAAUAAUACAGGCUAUCGAGAAUCAUGUAAGACAUUAUUCUUCUCAGAAAAGCUACAAACCUUUACUGCUGAUAAAGAAUUCGGACGUAAAUCUGUAGAUGAUUUCACACCAAGAGUAACAAAUGAGCUAGGAUGCUACGAUAAACCACUAGAUCCGAUGCAAAUAACCAGGGAGUCAGACAAUCAGUAUUCAAAUUCAGUCAACAUAGAUAUUGGCCGUAGAUAUCUUACAUUUACUCCGGAUCAAGUAACAUGUCUAUGCGAAGCUCUUCAGCAAAAGGGCGACGUAGAGAAAUUAGCUUCGUUUUUGUGGAGUCUACCAUCAAACGAUAUUUUUCGGACAAAUGAAAGUGUUUUAAGAGCUCGAGCAAUGGUCGCUUACCAUCGAGGUUUGUUUCACGAACUAUACAACUUACUGGAAUCGCAUUUCUUCACCUCGUCUUUGCACACUGAAUUACAAAGUUUGUGGUUCAAGGCACACUACAAGGAGGCAGAGAAAGUGAGAGGACGACCAUUGGGUGCUGUCGACAAAUACAGACUACGGAAGAAGUAUCCACUUCCAAAGACAAUUUGGGAUGGAGAGGAGACGAUUUAUUGUUUCAAGGAGAAAAGUCGUAACGCUUUGAAGGAUUGCUAUACGAGAAAUAGAUAUCCCACACCGGACGAGAAAAAAACUUUAGCCAAAAAAACGGGUCUCACUUUAACGCAAGUGUCUAAUUGGUUUAAAAAUCGAAGACAAAGGGAUCGCACCCCGCAGAGCAGAGUCUUUGAUUUCAGAGAACUUAUGCCCGUUAUAUCUGUAAGCCCGACAAUGGACACUAAUUUUAGUCGUCUAUUUAACACAACCAAUUACGUGGGCUACCAUCAUCCGGAACCAGCUUACAGUAGCGGCCAGUAGUGAUAAGAAAUUUUGUAAAAAUAUAAAUUUAGUGUUGUCAAUGUUUCACCAUAGUACCAAACGUAUAUAUGCUCUUAAUUUGUACAUAUUAAUAGUAUGAUGGAAAGCUUGUAAAAGUCCUUUGAAAUUUAUUGUAAUUUCGGAGCAAUUCUUAAUUCGAUAAGAAAUAAAACAGAAAAUUGUAUGUU